AACUAUUCUUUUAUCGUAAUGUUUAUGUAGGGAAAAGUGUCGAAAAAUUAGCAUUUUAUAUAAAUGUAGACAUAGCUAUAAAAAAUUAUGUAUUGCAUGUUAUAUUUUGCAGUGUCAUUGAAAAUUUGACUUUAACUACAACUAUUUUUGUAAUAUUUGAUUUACGUGAAUAUUUAAAGAGUUUUUUCUACUGAACUAGUUUUUAUACAAAAGGCAUUCACAGAGUAGCCUACAGAAUUUUGAACAUAAUAUAAAAAUUAGUGAUCAAGCCAGUUGAUUGAGAAAUAACUAAUAUAAUGGAACAGAAAAAUUUUGAUGGUUCGGAUUCUGACGAUCCUGACUUCAAAAUAUCUUCAGAAAAUUUAACUAAUGAAUUUUCAAACUCUGAAAGCGAAAGUACGGUUAGUGAUUCUAAUGAACUUCCUACUUCCAGUGUAAAACAUAAUAUGAAAAUGAAGAGAAUAAAAAACAAAAGGCAAUCUUCAUCAAAGAAAACUGGAGUUUGUGAUUUAGAUAUCAAGAAAAAUGAAAACAGAGGUACUAUUGAAUUAACUCAUGAAAAAGAUAAAGAAAGAACAGAUUUACUGUGGAAUAGUUUUUUAAAAUGCACAGGCAAAGAAUCAAAAAACUGUGAGCAUGAUUCAUAUAAAUCAACAGAAAGCUUACAGAUGUCAAAAGAAAUAAUGGCUAAACAAGAUAGUUAUUUAGAAAAUGAUCAUGAUUCAAAUAUUACAAAAUCUAAUAAAUGUAAACAAAUAAAAAAUAAUGUAUUUAACAAUGACAUCAAAGCUCAAAUUUUUACACAGCAGCCUAAUGCUUUGAAAAGAAGAGGUCUUCUAAAUAUUUUGAGCAAAAUUUCUAAAAAGUCUAAAGUGUCUACAUUAGAAAAGUCAAAACAAGACUGGAAUGAAUUUAAAGAAGAACAUAAUCUUAACGAAGAAAUAACUAAUUUUAAUCGAGGUAAGAAUGGAUACUUGGAACGACAAGAUUUCUUGCAAAGAACUGAUUCAAGACAGUUUGAAAUUGAAAAAAUAUUGCGAACUUCCGGAAAACAAAAAUCUAAAUAAGUAAAUGAAAAAAUUUGAAAAACCUCUAAUAAUUGGAAUUUUUUAUUAUAUUUUAUUCUGUUGCAAUGCAGUUUCAAGUCAUUUAAGUUCAGAAAUGUUAAUAUUUUCAUUUGAGUAAACCAUUCAAUAAUUACGCAUUACAAUAGUUUUCCUUUUAUACUAAAUAAACACUGUAACCUACUUAUUGGAUUUCUAUAAUAAAUUAAAU